AUGCCAAAGAGCAUACCACAGACAGAAGAGGCUCGACAGGCAGAAGCCCAGAUGCGAAAGAAAAAGAACGCGGAAGCCCAGGCAAAUUUUCGCAGGCGAAGGGCGACUUAUAUCUCGACGCUGGAAGAAACUGUCACAAACCUUGAAAGCGUUGUUAUCCAGCUGCAAGAGACGAGUCGCGAUGCCCGGGUGGAAGUGCAGCAGUUGAAGGAAUUGAGGCAACAAAACGCCAACUUACGACACGAGUUCCGAGAGCGAGAAAAGUUUUGGCGAGGCCUGUGGCAGUCACGCAAGACGACUGAAGGGGACGAGUUGCCGGCUGGUCUCAACAAUAACCUCCAUUCCUAUACUCCAGAGGGAAUUGCCUAUCGCUCGGCUGAUGAUCCCAGCAUUUGUAACGGCCAAUAUACCCCCGCACCGCCUCAUGGCUACCACUCUCCGUAUCCCACAAAUGAAACCUCUUCUCCAACCCAACGCGCUGCCAAAUUCAACCCAUAUUCGUAUUCGAUUUCCCAUCGUGACCACUCUUGGACUACUGGCGGUGACUCAGCAACAACACACAGUGGAUCUCCAACUUUGGCGUCGCCGUCCGAUCUGUCCUUGCCGUUUUCUGCUGCUCGAUAUGGCGAAGAGUCAAAGCCUGUGCUCGAUGGAGCGCAAUAUGGCUUUCCCGCGAGUCGGUCCAUCUCUCCAACAAGUACUGCUGUUGCCAGUGCCCCCACUCCAUUUCAGUUCACGACUGAUUUCGAUUUCCACCGACAGUCCAGCACCAGCGAAAUCUCGCUCUCUGGCCCGGGAAGCGAUGCCGUGCGCUACAGACUGGGCAACCGGCGGCCAGACUCCAUUCUCCCUCCGCUGAUGGAAAGUGAACGAGAAAGAGAAUCGUCUCGUCUCACUCUACCAGCGGACUCUGUUGCUUCGCGGACAGCUUCUCCCAAAUUGUCGGCCACGGUUGCAAUGCUCAAGGCACAAACAUCUGGAGGGUCGAGAAGAACACGGACCCGCAACAGAAAGCUGCCUGACGCUCGCAAGAUUGCUGAAGUAGAGAGCCUGAGUGAUGUGGAGACACGACCGUCUAAACGACAGCGGACGGGGACAGAAGAGGAUUAG